AGACUCAACAAAAUGGCGGAUCAAAACCGCAUCAACUUGGCUACUUUGCAGCAAAGAGAUCCGUACAUUACAGAAAUACUUGGCACGGCAAAACAAGUCGCUCUCUACAUUUACAAGGAUGAGUGGGAGAAAACAUCCAUCAGUGGGUCAUUGUUUGUCUACAAACGGUCAGCAUGUCCACUGCACGGAGUGAUGAUCCUGAACAAACAGGGUCUGAACAAUCAGGUAGAGCCUAUCACCGAGCUUAUGGAGUUCCAGAUCACCCCGCCUUUCUUGCUCUAUAGGAACGGAAAAGCCAUCUACGGUAUCUGGUUCUACAAAGCCAAGGAAUGCGAGGAGCUGGGAGGUCUCAUGGACAGGCUGCGACGGGAAGCUGUCAGGGAGAAGCAAGGGGGACUGGCCGGCGUCAUAGCAAGUACAGCAAGCCUGGCUGUGUCUGCUGGGGAUCAGAGGCAGGUCGACAUCCUAAAGCUGCUGUCGGGGGCCCAGCAACGCUAUGACAACAAGGCCAAAUCUGGUGGCACCACUGAGCCCCAGCAUAUGACUGGCAAGGCAGCAGUAACAAGUGGAGAUGUGGUGCGCCCUACGCCCCUUAAAGCCCCCAGUGAAGUAGGUGCAGGGGAGAGCAGCAAGGGAACAAGUGGGCAUGGUGAGGGGCCAAGCCAGCUUCAAGAGAUCUUCAAGAAGGCCAAGAGAAUUCAACACAGCACCAGCUUGCUGGACGAAUGGACAGGAGACCCCCCGCCCGACGUGACCAUCACACCAAUCUCCAUGCUAAGCAGGUCGUUAUCUGUAUCAGAAGUGGAGAGUGGCACACAGACCAUAGGAGGUCCACCAUUGAAACUACCCAUCCGAGGCCGAACAGUGGAGGAGAUUGAGCGAGAGAUCAAAAGUGGGAAGGCCCAUUCUCAGGCCGACUUGCCCAAGGUGCAGGGUCAGGAAGGGGUGGUAGGAAUGGGCCAGUCCCCCAGCACUCAAGAACUGCUGAGCAUGAUUGUAGCAGCGGUGGGUGAUGGCCAGGGGCCUGCCCUGCCUGCCAUGCCUCAGCCCACACCAUCUGGUGAUUGUAGAUCUCAUAUCAUUUAUGCUGGAGAUGCUGACUUAAUGAAGACAUUACCAUCAGACCUACUGAAGCCUGAAGAUUUUGAGAGACAGACAGCAGUCUCGCCUUUACACUUGAGCAGCAAGCAGACAGAGAGCCAGGCAGCAGCAGGGAUUGGCGCCAGCUGUCCUGAUGUUCUUCUCACCCCCCUGGCUUUCACUUCUCAUCCUCCACCACUGGGAACCACCUCUCCUGUGCCAAACCACCAAGCUAUUUUAGAGCGACUCAAUGCCCUCACAAUUCCCCCAAAUACUGCAUUGUCAGAGCAGAUACGGGUUGGAGAGCUAACUCCCUUAACACGCCAGCAGCUUCAGCAGGCUCUGUUACAUAUGAUACGGCACGAUGACAACUUCUUAAACCGUGUACACGAAGCAUACCUGGCUAGCUUCCGUCAGGUCACCGGUAAAAGGUAGCUGCAUGUCCAGUGACCAGCAGAAGACAGCUGACCAGCUGCUGUGCCACAAAGUGUACGACUUGGCAUUCUGUUACCACCUUGUAAUUCAGUCCUUGGCUUUCUGUGAGUUUGUUGUGAAGCAAAUUAACCCUUUUAUUUCAUGAACUGUUCCUUUUUUAAGAAGUAAAGAUUAGUUAAAGCUACACAAGGUUUAGCCCAUUGGUUAUAUUAAUCAACAUAUCAGGUGAUGUAUAAGUGUGGGGCUUAAGCUGUGGUCAAAACCAAACAAAAAAAAGGUGGUGUUCCAUUUAGCAUUUUAGAUUUAUUUUAGUUUGAAAAGUUGUUGAUUAUUCCUAACAUUUCUAUUUGUCCUGGAAAUUUGGAGAACUUCAACCAAAUAAAUGGUGGAGUUUUUUUGUAGCUUGUGCUCUGAUCAGAAACUGUAAUUAUAGAUAAUACAGUUAAACUCCUUGCAACUGUUGCAUGAAUUAGUCACUUGGCCUGCUGUUUCAACAGUGGCUUAAUUAAUAUUGUUGGCCAGACAUACAAUAAAAUAGUGAAAGAACAUUUUUCCUGGUUGGACUGAGGGAUGGUUUUUGUGAUCAUCAAAGCCGUAGUUUUUAAAUCUCAUGUAUAUCUAAUUCUGUUUUAUUUCACUGAAGAGUGCAGAAUGGUGGAAUGACUUCCCUUUGUGUUGGCACAAAGCACACUGCAUGUGGACUGGUGACCUCUUGUUAUGUUAUCAUUGUAGGUUGGGCUUUCAGUUGCUUGCAUUACAUCAUUCUUUUUGGACUGCUGGAUAACCUGAAUGUGCUGGCCUACUGGCAGAAAACUUACAAAGAAUUAUUACGAUAAACUUGUAUGAUUAUAUUAGGCAGCUGGCUAGAUUGAAGAGAUGGAGGAGAAGGUAUUCACCCUGCUAUUUUUGGAUGCUGUUAACUCUUUACUGCUAUUCUAAUGAGAAUGCUCAGUCAAGAUUUGUCCUUGAUGUGUAAAAGGCAGUGCACAAAUGCAGUGCAGCACUGUGUGGGUGUGUGUCUGCAUAUAUGUGUAUGUGUGUGCACAUGUUGAUACAUUGAUAUUUUCAUGUGAUGGCUAUUAUACACAACAAUGAGCUGGACAGCAAUUGUUGUAAGAUGUGACGGCAGGCACAGUUUGCUAUAAAGGGUGCAUAGUUGUUUUUACUGAUUUUUCUUUUUUGUUACCUCUGCUUUUAACUGGGUUAUUUUGUUUCAUACACAUUUCUCAGUGGAUAGUGUGUCUGACAUUAUCUUUGUAUAUUUCUUGCAGGCAUAAACAACAUAUCGCAAAAGACAAAAAAACCCACACUUUUCUUUGGGUAGUUUCAGGAUGACAAAAUGUCCUUCAGGCUGUCUAGAUGCAUAGAAAGCAGAAAAUAUUUGAUUUUAGUGAUGUGGAUGAAUCAUAGACGGGUGCAGCUUUUCCAUCCUCUUGAAAGUGUGUCAAAUUUAAUUCGUCAUUUAUUCUGUAUAAACCAUGUCAUGUGAUAUUUGCAGUGCCAAAACCAACUGUUGAGCAUGAAUCAUUUUCAUGAAUGUGAGACCACAAGUACUGUGCGAAUAAACUGUUGCGUAUAAAUUAUGACUGCAAAUAAAUAGCCGCCAGAACAUAGGGUCUAGUUUCUUUUAUUGAAAACAUGGUACCAUGCUAUUUAACAAGAGGAAUGUGUUGGCACUUAAAGGAUUGGUGGAUUUUUAAGAUUUUUUUGUCUGUAGAAUCCAUCUUCACAUUGCCGGUGAUGCAUGAACGUGCCUUGAAAGCAUAAAGAGAAUGUAGAACUCAUUGUCAUGUGAUGAGUGCAAGGGUUAGGGUUUUGAGUGCAAAUAAAGACUCAGUACCUGUCAAAGCCAGUACACUUGAGUGACAAGUGACUGUCCUCUCCCAGUUUUAACCAGUGAGACAUGAACAAUGUGCCUUUGGAAUGCAAGUUUCAUGUAAGUCUGAAUAUCACGCUUAAAUCUUUGACUUUGUGUGCACUUGUUCCUUCUUGAUACAACAUGAUAUUAUUUACCUGAUCUUCACAAGCAGUGACACUCUUCUUUACCCAUCCCAUCUCAGUCUCUGAUCUUUGGACAACUGAUCUAUAACAGAGAUGGCAGGUACUAUCUCCAUGUUGUGUGAGAGAGAGAUCAUUCCAAUGUAUGGUAAAGUGAAUAGUUUUUAACAGUAUUUUAUAUUAAUUGGUUUAAUUAAUAUGCAAAUAUUUUUGCUUGAUCUCAACAGCAGGAAUUCGUCCAGGAUAGAAAGCUAGAGUGUUACCUUGUGUGUUUUUCCCUGUCAAAAUAAUUAAAAUUAAAUUUUUCUGCUGUUGCAA